UAGCACUUUGUCUGGUCUCGUUUGAAGAAGGACUCACUUACCUGUCAGCACUUACCUCUGUACAGCGUUUGCGAUUGUCUCCAGUGUCUUCCUGAUCCUCUGUGUCUCCAGCGUCUUCCUCGUCAGACUCUGUUCUGUCUGUUCUCACUGUUCUCUCGCCAUCCAAAGUGUGUGCUUCAGCUGCGGUCAUCCAUGACCUCCUCAAUCGCCUGCAAUAUACAAGACCAAAGAUUCCAAGCACUGCACAACUACAUCCAGAAUUUCGUCGAGACUUCAUAGAAAAUCUUACAGCUUAGGUGAGCAGAAGAGACUUCUUUCAAAAACAUUAAAAAAUCUUACGGACCCCAAAUGUUUGAACAGCACUGUUUAUCUGGUGGUAUAAAGAAAACAAAGAGAAAUCAAGGAGACAAUACGGACCAGAGGAUCAGUUGCUGGCGAGAAGCAGAAACGUGUCAGGAUGUUGACUGAUGAGGUUUCACAGGUGCAAGAGGUGAGAUACUGCCUGAAGACUCUGAGGGAGCAAAUGGCAGCCAGACAAAACAAUAACAUCAGUAAUAAGACUCCAUCGAAUGGUUUUAAAGUUGACGUGCUUGUUAGCAAAGCCAGUGGCUCCAAUGGGUUUGUGAAUGGAUCUCACUCUAAAAGUCAGGGCCAGGAGGAUGAUGAAAACUGUAUAGCCUUGAGAGAAGUCACCAAACAUCUGUACACUCGUCUGCAAGAGAUGGAAAGGAGACACCAGGAGGAGAAGGAGAGACUACAGGCAGAAAACACUGAAUAUCAGCGGCGGUUUCUAGAGGAGCAUAACUCUCGCAUGCAGAAGGCAGAAACCAAGGCGGAGGAACAGAGCAAAAAGGUGGAAGAGAUGCAGAAGCUUAUGGAUGGUUUGGAGCUGGAAAAUGCCACACUACGAGAAAAAUUGGCUGCUAGUGAGGCUGAACUCGAGAAACUGCGAGGACUGAAGAAUACGGAUAGUGAGGACAAGUCUGAACAACUGAAAAAGGAGCUGGCAACUCUGAAGGAUAAAAACCAUAACUUGGAUGACAUGCUCAAAAGUCAACAAAGGAAAAUCAGAAACAUGAUCGAACAGGUGCAAAAUUCACGAACCGUAAUGGAGCAAAGAGACCGACUGAUCGGCGACCUCAAAGAGAGGGUGGCUUUCCUUGAAGCUGAGAGCAGAGAGAUGCAUGACCGGAUGGAGUAUUAUAUGGGAAGCCAAGUGCCUAAACCAUAUAACUCAGACAUGGGGUCCAAGGUUGUCUACAGCAAACCUCUGACGCCAACAAGCCCAGGAAACAAGUCUUUGCCAUUCAUCAAAGUGGUCGAGAUCAAGUCUUAAACAACACGAGAAAAGAUGAAGAUUACUGAUGGAAGAGAGAGAGACUGUGAGUGAGAGACGCAUUGUGGAAAAAGCAACAAUUCCUUCUUUCCCAACAUUUAUGCAACAUUCAUCAGUUUAGCACAUAUGAAUAGCACUUCUUUUGUAUAUAAUACAAUACUUUGUAUAUAGGACUGUUCUAUCGCACCUUAAUUGAAAUAUCACAUGUAUAUUGGAUUUGCAGAUCAUACACUACAUUCACAUGCCUUAAGCAACUUAAUUAAUAGUAGCAUAUAUUAUAAGUGCUGAUAUUAAUAUUUCCUAAUGAUCUCCCACUAUGUCUGCCAUCAUGUAUACAAUCUGAUAAUGCAGCCAUUGUAUAAUUAUUGUGACUGACAGCCAAAUUGAGUAAUCUGAUUAAGCCAAAAUCUAUCAGUUUAUCCCAUAAAUAAUAAAAUGCAUAAACAAUAUUUCUGUGCUACUUAUGUAUCUUUGUAUGUACAUAUAUAUACUUAUAUACAGUACUGAAUUUAACUGCCUUGCAAAGCUAUGUCUUUUCCCAUUGGGAACUGUAAUUGUACUGUGUUUUGAAGAACUGUUUUUCUGUUACUGUAUUCAGUGCUAGACUCUACCUUUCCGUCCAUCUCUUAUUAAAUGUGAAAAAUUAUGUUACUGUAGAUGGAAUUGUAGUGCUAUGCACAUUUCUCUGGUAUUGUAUUUUAGCUGGUACAUGUAUUUAUCUUAAGGGCUAAUAAAUAAAAUGUAUUUAAGAUUGCUCACAA